CGCCUUGAAUCUCUGACGUAAUUUCCUGUUUUAAUUACAAAACGAGAAGAAAAUUGCGAAGCGAGCAGAAAACUAAGAAGCGCGUGAGAAACGGUGAAUCGGGCGCGAGGCUGCGAGAAGCGAGCGCGAAACGGUGAAUCAAGCGCGAGGCUGCGAGAAGCGAGCGCUCUUAUCUGCGUUCCAAAGGCGCAGUGCGCGCUCGUAGUGUCUGUUUUGCUCGGUUUAUCUAUGUGUCUGCGCUCUCGUAUAUUUGGCAGUGAUCUCACUCCAUACUGGGGAUCGUCUCCGCAACCCGCGCGCCUUACGGUACUGCAUGGGCUCUCACUGGGUGUAACUAAGAUCAUUAAGGGAAACCUUGCUUUCAGGCGAAUAUGGUGUAUUAAUGGUGUUCAGCAUGUUAACGCUGUACGCUGCUCUUGCCGGACUCGCAGUCCUGCCGUUUCUCCUGUGUUCCUGGUUUCCUUACUUACUCCACGAUUUAAGAUUCUUCUUAGCAACAGUUCAAAUUGGCAUUUUUAUUUCGAAAUGCAAACGAAAAAAGCCUUGUUAUACCGUAGUGGACUGCUUUUUGGACAAGGUGAAAAAGAACCCGAACAAACCCUUCAUUGUUUUCGGUGAUGAAAUAUAUAGUUAUAAGGACGCGGAUAAAGUCAGCAAUAAAAUUGCCAGAGCUUUGCUGACACACGCUCGCUUGAAAGAGGGCGAUACUGUCGCAGUUUUCCUGGGAAAUGAACCCUUGUACGUGUGGAUUUACUUGGCCCUGGCGAAACUGGGCUGUGUCGCUGCGCUGCUGAACUGCAACAUUAGAUCCAAAUCCCUACUGCAUUGUUUUUCUUGUUCGGGGGCCAGAGUAUUAAUAGCCGCAGCAGAUUUGAAAAGCGCCGUGGAAGAGGUGUUGCCGGGGCUGAAGGAGAGUAACGCCUCGGUGUUCAUUCUGGGUGAAGAAUGCGACACCCAAGGAAUAGAAACACUCUCGGACAAAAUCAGUCAAGCCUCCGAUGAAGCGAUAUCCCCAACCUGUAGGUCAAAUAUUACUAUGAAAUCCCCCUCAAUGUACAUCUAUACGUCAGGCACAACAGGACUUCCUAAGGCUGCAGUGUUAAACCAUGAGAGGGUCUGGAUGGCAUCUUUUCUACAAAAAUUAAAUGGAGUGACCUCUGGCGAUGUGAUGUAUGUUUAUCUUCCUCUCUACCAUGCUUCUGGAUUCCUUAUGGGACUUUGUGGUGCAAUUGAAAGAGGUAAAGUGUGAAACCCGACCGACCCAGCAAAAAAG